AUGAACACAAAAGUAGAGGAGAUGCACCUCAUGGGUCUAGCCGAUAUCUACACAGAAGCAUAUAGGAUCAUCUCUAGAAGCAGAAAAACUUUCAGAGACAUCACUUUUAUUUUGAUCCUACCUUUGUCAUGCUUCAUUUUGAUAGCCAGUAAGGACUUAUCUGCGUUGACCUUCACAAGCUCUGGUGACCUCCCUGAUUUCCCUUCAUUCGGAUGGGAUUUCUUUUGGUUUUUCAUGGUUGUUUAUCUCAGCUGCCUGAUCAUCUAUUACAACAUGUCAACUUCUACAGUGGUUUUUACAGCUUCAUCAGUAUAUGGAUCUGGUGAUAAUCAACCAAGUUUUAAGAAGGUCAGAAAUGUCGUGCCACAGGCUUGGGAAAGGCUAACGGUCACUUUUUUAUGCAAUUUCUUUUCUUUCUUGGUGUACAGCGUUACCAUUGCAGUGAUCACAACAUUCCUAUCAGCUAUUACAAUUGGAAAAUAUCAGUUCACGCAAAAACUUCUCCUAGUUGUGUUGCCAGUUUACGCGGUGGGUUUUGUUUAUAUGACAGUGAUUUGUCAGUUGGCUAGUGUUGUAUCGGUUUUAGAAGAUUCGUAUGGAUUUGAAGCCAUGAUCAAGAGCAAGCAGUUGAUCAAAGGAAGUGGUUUCGUUGUACAUUGUCACUUAUGUCCAGGUGGCUCUCUAUUGGGGUUACAGGGACGGUUACAGUGCUUUGCUUCUUUGGUGGCUCUCGGCUCUCUUCUAAUUUAUGUCCGUGAUUCUUGUGACUUUGAGGGGCGUUUUGGUCUUUUGGUACUGGAUGGCAAUGGUUUUGCUGGAAAUUCACUUGUGCCGGAGUGGGUUAUCCAGUAA